ACAAUUUGUCAAUUUAUAUGAAUAUAAAGGAAAAGAAAUAUUAUUUUUGAACUCAAACUUAAAGGAAAAUAAACUUAAACAAUCCAAUAAUUGUAUAUUUAAACAAAUAAAAUAUGGGUUGCGAUGGAGGUACUAUUCCACGUAGAGAUGAACUUGUAAGAUUGAAAAAGAAACCAGAACAGAAAGAUAAAGAUGCCGAGCGUUCUUUUAAAUGGCGUAAUUGCGCUUUAUCUCAACAAACCUUACAAGAGCCAGUGGUAGCUUGUGGUUUAGGAAGACUAUAUAGCAAAAGUUCUGUGUUAGAAGCUUUACUCGACAAAGAAAGCAAGCCUCAAUCAAUAGACCAUAUAAAAUUUUUGAAGGACAUCAAAGAUUUAAAACUCACAAAAAACCCAGCUUACACCAAUAGUGAGCAUACAGAUGGUGCUGUUGGAGAGGGAAGCGCACCAUAUAUUUGUCCCAUUAGUGGUUUAGAAAUGACGGGCAAAUUCCGGUUCAUAUUUCUAUGGAGUUGUGGCUGUGUGCUGGCGGAGCGUGCAAUGAAAGAAGUUAAACAGAACAUUUGCCAUAUGUGCCAACAGCCCUUCACUAGUAAUGAUGUCAUAGUGCUGAAUGGAACCGAUGAUGAUAUUGAACAGCUCAAAGAGAAGAUGACCAUUCGAAUUGCAAACAGGAAGUCUAAGAAAACAAAAGUAGAUAAGACAGAGAAAGAUAUAAAAAUUGAGACCUCAACAUCGACAUCCGCAUCGACAAAUAAUCCUUCAACAUCUGAGGAAAUUAAAAAGGAAAAAGAUGACCCCCAAAAAGGAAGCAGUCAAGUUAAAAAGGAAUUAGAGACAAUACCUCUAUCAUUACCUAAAUUUAAUCCUAACAAGCAAACUAGAGGUCACUUUGGGUCGAGUAAAAGGGCUCACUCCACACAGUUAGCACAGGACCCUUCCUACAAGAAAACAAAGAAAGACUACAGUAUAGCCAAAGAUCCCCAGUCCAGUGAAGUUUACAAGUCAAUCUUCACUUCACAUAAGAACGAUAAAGAUCAGAAGAGAGCACACUGGGUUACAUAUAAUCCUUUCUACAACUAAAAUAUUUUGUUUAACAUAACAUUUACUAUAACCAAACAAACUGACAAUUGGUUAAAUUAUUAAUUAAUUAUUUUAUUAAUUUUGAAGUAAUGUUUUGAGUAAAACAUAAAUAUUGUUAUCAGUAAUAUCUUAUUAUUUUUUUUCUAAGGUCAGAAUUGAAGAUGAUCUAAUAUUUCAGUACAGAAAGUCUCUAAUGGUGUUUAGUGAAGUGUAGUAUAAUUCAAUAAGACCAUUUGAUCAUAUUAUAUCUUGUAUAUAAUAUGGAGUGUCACGCUAGUGACAUGUGAAAUUCUAUUAUUAUAGUUCUGUUACUGACCGAGGGUGUCUUAUUUAUUCAUCUGCUAAUACCAAGAUGUCUGUCUUCAUCUCAUGUUUCCUGUUAUGUAAACUUAUUUGUAAGUUUAGAGUUAAAUUGAGAAAUCUGUAGUCAAAGAGGAACCUGUAAGGAAAUGGAAUAAAUAAACUGAUUAAAUGGAA